AUGAAGGCAGGAGUGAGCAGUACUGCAGAACAUAGUGUGGCAUUGAAGGUUAAGGUGAGCAGUACUGCACAACAUGAUGUACUGAAGGCUGGGAGUGAGCAGUACUGCACAACACAAUGUGUUACUGAAGGCAGUUUGAGCAGUACUGCAGAACAUGGUGUGCUACUGAAGGCUUGGGUGAGCAGUACUGCAGAACAUGGCAGCAGGAAUGGAGAAUUCAGUGUCAUCCAGAGUCUGCAGUCAUCCUAUGGGAAAUUCUGGGGUGCAGAAUGUGACAGAGCUCUGCCUGAUGAGAUGUUUAUCACAAGACAAGACCCAGUGAAGAUGGAAAUAAAAAAUGGUAACUGUAGGCAAGGUAAUGAGGACUUUGCCAUGAAACUUGAAUUAGAAAAGCAUCUGCAAGCUGAAGCAGAGGAAAUACCAUGCAGCUGGCUUAAUCAUAGCAACAAUCUAACAUUUUAUUGUAACAGUGUAACUGAUCAUCUAACCGACAAUGGGGAAGGGCAAAAGAAUGUGUCACAAAUGCAUAGACAAAUACUCAUGAGGCAGGCUUUGUAUAAAGAUGUUAUGAAUGCCAAAGGUUUUACAGAAAAAAAAUUAGCACUGCAAAUCAUUCAUACUGGUCAGAAUCUGUCUACAACAUGUGACAAAAGUUUUACACAGAAUAAUGACAUGGCAAUACUUCAGAAUGUCCAUGUUUGGCAAAAGUGUCAUCAGAGUAUCCACACUAGCCUAAAACCCUAUAAUUGUACCACAUGUGACAAGAGUUUUGUGCACAAAGGCAGCAUGUUGAAACAUCAGGUACACUGUGGGCAGAAGCCAUAUAAAUGUUCCAUUUGUGACAAGGGUUUUGCAAAGAAGAAUCAUGUGGUGAAACAUCAGUAUAUCCAUGGUGAGCAAAAACCACAUAAAUGUACCAUGUGUGAAAAGAGUUUUAUAAGUAAGAACCAACUGGCACUUCAUCAGAAGGUGCAUGCAGGGAAGAAACCAUUUAAAUGUACUACAUGUGACAAGAGUUUUGUAUACAGAGGUAGCAUGAUGAAUCAUCAGAUACACUGUGAGCCGAAACCAUAUAAAUGCACCAUGUGUGACAAGAGUUUUUUACACAAAAAGAAUAUGGUGACUCAUCAGAGAGUCCACAGUGGGCAGAAGCCAUAUAAAUGCACCAUGUGUGACAGGAGUUUUGCACAGAAGAUAUGCUUGGUAAGACAUCAGUAUACCCAUAGUGGGCAGAAGCCAUAUAAAUGCACAAUGUGUGACAAGAGUUUUGUGGAGAAGAGUCAACUGCUACACCAUCAGAACAGGCAUACUGGGAAGAAACCAUAUAAAUGCACCACAUGUGACAAGAGUUUUGCAUGCAAACGGACUAUGUUGGUUCAUCAGAGGCUCCACAGUGAGCAGAAGCCAUAUAAAUGCACCAUGUGUGACAAGAGUUUUCUGAGGAAGAAUUACUUGAAGAAACAUAACUAUACCCACAGUGGGCAGAAGCCAUAUAAAUGCACAAUGUGUGACAAGAGUUUUGUGGAGAAGAGUCAACUGCUACACCAUCAGAACAGGCAUACUGGGAAGAACCCAUAUAAAUGCACCAUGUGUGACAAGAGUUUUGCAUAUAAACAUAGUAUGGUGAUUCAUCAGAGGCUCCACAGUGGGCAGAAGCCAUAUAAAUGCACUAUGUGUGACAGGAGUUUUGUGAGGAAGGAUAAACUGAUACUUCAUCAAAAUAUACACUCUGGACAGAAACCAUAUAAAUGUACCACAUGUGGCAAGAGUUUUGUGCAGAAGAAUCAACUGGUAUACCAUCAGAGUGUGCAUACUGGCCAAUCUUAUAAAUGCACUAUGUGUGACAAGAGUUUUGCAUCCAGACGCAGCUUGGUGACUCAUUGGAGGCUGCACUCUGGGCAGAAGCAGUAUAAAUGCACCAUGUGUGACAAGGGUUUUGUGCAGAAGAGACAAUUGGUAUACCAUCAGAACAUGCAUACUGGGCAGAAACCAUAUAAAUGCACCAUGUGUGGCAAGAGUUUUGCAUACAAAAACAGUGUGGCGACUCAUCAGAGGCUCCACAGUGGGCAGAAGCCAUAUAAAUGCACCUUGUGUGACAAGAGUUUUGUACAGAAGCUGUACUUGGUAAGACAUUUGUAUUCCCAUAGUGGGCAGAAGCCAUAUAAAUGCACCACGUGUGAUAAGAGUUUUGUGGAGAAGAGUCAACUGCUAUGCCAUCAGAACAGGCAUACUGGGAAGAAACCAUAUAAAUGCACCAUGUGUGACAAGAGUUUUGCAUACAAAAAAAAUAUGGUGAUUCAUCAGAGGCUCCACAGUCCUAAUGGAGAGAUGAAAAGUCAGCAAACAUAGGAGAGUAGUAGUGCUGAAAUUGAAUUCAUCCUCAAGUCUAGGUGAGUACCUUCAUGAGGUGGACCCUGUUUUUCACUAAAAUCACACCAAGGCGACACUGAUGUAUAGGCUGUAUUUAUAUAGCAUAUAUCAUGGACAGAAGUAAGUCAAAAACAAAAAAAGUUAGCUGGGUGCACAAAACCCAGGAUAAAAAAGUGCCCAAUCCUGGUAGGUGCACUGG